AUGAAUCCCCGCGUCGAAGAAGUCAGCGAUUCGGACAGCGAUCCGUCAGAGAUGGGCAUUGACGACGUGCCCGCUCUGAUCAAUGCCACCAACGUACCCAGCACCGGCACCGCGUCCAUGCCGCCGCAGUCGCAGAUGCUACAGCCGCAGUCGCCCGCCAUCAAGACGUCGACGGACCGAGAAAAGUCCAAGCACUACCAGUGUCUAUACCCCAUCUAUUUUGACAAGUCACGCACACGCGCAGAAGGCCGUCGCGUGGGCAAGGAGCUUGCCGUAGACAGCCCUCUAGCACGAGAGAUGGCCGAUGCCGCAGCCGACCUGGGGCUCCGGACCGUCUUCGAGCCCGACAAGACUCACCCGAAAGACUGGGCCAACCCGGGCAGGGUGCGUGUCCUGCUCAAACACCAAGGCAAGCUCGUCGACGACGACGUCAAGAACAAGCACCACUUAUACAUCCUCAUCGCCCAGCACCUCAAAGCCCACCCAACACAGAAGAACACGCCUUUCAGGUUGCCCAUCGCAGGCCUACCUAUGCCAAAGGAGAUGCCCGAGCCAGCAGUACCAAAGGGAUGGAAGAUGAGCAAGAUUCUCCCCCUGCACUCACCUGCCUUAACAGGUGGCGGAGUCAGCGAAAACUUCAUGCAAGACAUGAUGGCGGAAAUGAUGGGCGGUGACGGAGGCAGCGGGGCAAACAGCGGGACAGAAUCCAAGAAGAAAAUCAAGGACAAGAAGAAGAAGUGA